GCAGCCACAACACCACUUAUGUUUUAUUUAUUUUUUUCCUUUUUAUUCGAAACAUUCCCAAACGCAUUAUCUAUAUUAUGAAAUAUUUUGAUUCUCACCUUUAUAGAUUAUGUUGAUAGUGGGCAAUGGUCAAAGUAACCUGUAAUCUAUUAACUAUGCAUAAAAACCUGUCUGUUUAUGGGUGUCAUGCCAUAACAUAUUUUUAAUAUGACUGGCUUUAUAUUUAAUGUGAAUUUAACAUUGAAAGUUAAUGUGAAUAAAAACAUUGCAAGUUAGGCUACUAAUCAUAACACUUUCAUUGUACAGAAAGAGAAGAACAUUUUCACUGAGAGUCUAGAGUUCAAGCACUCUCAAAAACUCCCAUUAAAAUCACCGAAGCUGUUUACACUAUGAAAUUAAUAUCUUACAGAUUCGUACACACAUUUGCACUUUGUUGUUUCUGACCAGAGAAUUCCAGAAAGAGGUAUUUGGUCAGCGAGCAAGUGAAGAAAACACUGGCAUUUUAGCGAUGACUCGUCUGAACACCUAUGGUUGGUCAUUGCAUUCAUAAGCUCAACAGCAUCGUGUGUGAUUGGCAGCACUGUAAAAACGCGUCUGUCUCUGGCUCAGCGCCAGCCAGCGUCCAGCGAAAGCAGAUUUGAAUUUAGCAGCUGAUCUAAUCACGCUGGUGUGAUUUGAUGAAAUAUAAGAAAUAUUAAUCGGCAAAUUUUUGUCUUUUGGAAGCUGCAUUCAAAAUCCACUUGGCUCAAAAAUCUGAGGGGGCACGUGCCCCUUACUUUGAAUGGGCAUGACGCCUCUGUGUUCAGUUAUUAGCUAAUAAUAGUUCUUAUUAUUGUCAGUGUUGAAAACUGUUUUUUUGCUGCUUAAUGUGGAAAACGUGUUUUUUUAUAAAUCUUCCGCAACACUGCAAUGCUGAAUAAAAUAUAAUUUUACCCUAAACUUUUGAAGCAGAACAACUGUUUUCAACUUUUAUAAUAAUAAUAAGAGUGUCUUAAGCGCCAAAUCAGCAUAUUAGAAUGAUUCCCGAAGAAAAGAAAAUGUUAUUUUUUUAAAAAUCCCUCACAUUCGGAACUAUUCGUUAAAAUGAACUAUUCCUGGCGGAAGCGUUUCGAUGUAGCGCACUUAAGCUCUCCCGCUGGAGUGGUUGCCAUAGGAACAAGCAAAGCCGAUCUGAGGAUUACAGCAGACAGUCCAAGCAGUUUGAUUAUCACAGCUUAAAAUCAUUAAUAAAGAGCAUUUGAUAUCAGAUAUCAAAUCCGUCAUGUCCUCUGUUUCCCAGGAGCUGAAAGACACUUCAGUGGCCAGCUCCAAAUGGCUUGAUGCUCACUAUGACCCAGUCGCCAAUCUCUACACCUUUUCCUCUUGCAUCGCACUUUCAGAUUUGCAUGGAGAUGGCGAGAAUAAGCUGGUGGUGGGUGAUCUUGGCACAGGAGUGUGUAACAUGAAGCUAAAGGUGUACCGUGGCACUGGUCUUUUGAGUGAAAGCACCCUGCUGGACCUGCCCACUGGCCUGGUCUCCUUUCUCAUGGACCUGCACGAGCCACGGACACCAGCCAUCGCUGUGGCCUCCGGUCCCUUCAUCUACGUCUACAAGAACCUGAGGCCCUACUUCAAGUUCACGCUGCCAAGUCUGGAGGUGAACCCUCUGGAGCAGGAUGUCUGGAGUCAGGCCAAGGAGGACAUGAUUGAUCCAAUGACGCUUAAAGAGAUGUUAGAAGGUUUAAGGGACAAAUCUGAAAUUCCACUCUCUGUCAGAUCACUACGGUUCCUCAUGCUUGAGCCACAGGAAAUGGAGAAUUUCGUUCUUCUUCAUAAAGAACAGCCUAUACGUAGACAGACGGUCAUUACCUGUAUAGGGACAUUGAAGAAGAACAUGGCAGAUGAGGAUGCAGUUAGCUGCCUGGUGAUUGGCACAGAGAAUGCUGAUGUUUUCAUAUUAGAUCCAGAGGCCUUUACCAUCCUCUACAAGAUGUCACUUCCCAGUACACCUACCCUAAUGGACGUGACGGGUCAGUUUGAUGUGGAGUUCCGUAUCACUGUGGCAUGUCGCAACGGCAACAUCUACAUAUUACGCAGGGAUUCCCCGAAGCCCAAGUACUGCAUUGAGCUGUCCUCUCACCCAGUGGGACUGGUGAGGAUGGGAAAGAAUGUAGUUGUUGGAUGUACUCAUGAGACACUGCACGGUUACACUCAAAAAGGGAAAAGGCUUUGGACUGCUUAUUUGCCAGCCCCCGUUACCACCAUGGCGCUGAUGGACCUUCCCACACGAGGAUUUCAGGCUGUGCUGGUGGGUCUGGCCAACUGUGAAGUACACAUGUACCGAGACAAAAAUCUCGUCAGCACCAUCAAGACACCAGACGUAGUGACAAGUAUUUGUUUCGGACGUUAUGGACGGGAAGAUGGCACUCUCAUAAUGACCACCAAUGGAGGAGGUUUGAUUGUGAAGAUCCUCAAGAGGACGGCUGUGUUUGAUGACAGGGACUCGGCCCCUGGACCUCCAAUAGCCCAGAGCAUUCGUCUGAAUGUGCCCAAGAAGACCAAGCUCUACGUGGACCAGACCUUGAGAGAGCGUGAAAAUGCAGUUGCCAUGCACCGAGCUUUUCAGAUGGACCUGAGCAGGCUGCGUCUCGCUGCAGCACGGGCCUAUGUCAAAGCUCUGGAGUCCAGCCUCACGCCCAUGUCGGCGAGUCUGACCGAGCCACUCAAGAUGAAUGCUGUGGUUCAAGGGUUGGGCCCAUCCUUCAAGCUCACGCUGAACAUCCAGAACACUGCAGCGUGCCGUCCGGUCAUGAACCUAGCCAUCAGUUUUCUGUACGAUGAAAAUUUGUAUAGCAUGAGGACGGCCUUUUUUAAGGUCCCCCUACUGGUUCCAGGGCUGAAUUACCCCAUUGACACUUUUGUGGAGUGCUUGAGUGACAAAGGCAUCUCUGACAUCAUCAAAGUGUUUGUGCUGAGGGAAGGAAAGAGUGCUCCUCUCCUCACCGCCCACAUCAACAUGCCUGUGAGUGAAGGACUUGCACUGAACUGAGAGCGAAUCAGAAACUUCUAGCUGAGCUUCACAGGCGUCUUCAACUCUUG